AUGGAUACAACAGUCCUCUUCGCCAUCAUCGAGUCGUUGAAUGCUCGCUCCGAGUACGUCACAAGCCAGGACGACGGCGUUGCGGAACAUCGGAUCAAUCAGUACAUCAUCAAGCAAGAGAUCGGGCGUGGCUCUUUCGGCGCUGUCCAUCUCGCAGUCGACCAAUAUGGCACGGAAUACGCAGUCAAAGAGUUCUCCAAGGCCCGACUCCGAAAGCGUGCCCAAUCCAAUAUUCUUCGAAAGCCUUUCCAGCAACGACGUCGUGGUGCUUUGCAAGGGUUUAAUUCUCCCUUGCACAGAAAUAUCGGACAAGAGGGAGGGGCACCGGAAAACUCCAUUGACCUCAUCAAAGAGGAAAUUGCAAUUAUGAAGAAGUUGAAUCAUCCGAACUUGGUAUCCCUGAUCGAGGUCUUGGAUGACCCUACCGAAGAUUCGCUCUACAUGGUCAUGGAGAUGUGUAAAAAGGGAGUCGUGAUGAGGGUCGGACUCGAGGAGCGGGCAGAUCCAUAUCCGGAUCACAUCUGUCGGUACUGGUUCCGUGAUUUGAUCUUGGGGAUUGAGUAUUUGCAUGCUCAAGGAGUGGUGCACCGUGAUAUCAAACCAGACAACUGCCUGGUCACUGACGAUGAUGUCUUGAAAAUUGUCGAUUUUGGAGUGUCGGAGAUGUUUGCGAAGGACUCCGAGAUGCUCACCGCUAAGUCGGCGGGCAGUCCUGCGUUCCUCCCCCCAGAGCUGUGUGUUGCUCGACAUGGCGACGUGUCAGGCCGAGCAGCAGAUAUCUGGUCCAUGGGAGUAACUCUAUACUGUCUCAAGUACGGCAGAAUUCCGUUUGAGAGAACGGGUAUCUUCGAACUCUACGAUGCGAUCAAGACGGAGGAGCCUGAUCUGAGUGAGGAGCAAGACCAAGAUUUUGUCGAUCUGAUGAGGAAGAUCCUGGAGAAAGAUCCACAAAAGCGCAUCAAGAUGCGGGAUUUGAGGGACCACGCGUGGGUAACCAAGCACGGAGCAGAUAAACUUUUAUCAGAAGAGGAGAAUACAGCAGACCUCAUCGACCCGCCAACCGAAGCUGAGAUGAAUGCAGCAAUAACAUAUAACAUGACAAAUCUCUUGACAGUUAUGAAAGCUGUCCAGAAAUUCAAGGCCCUCUUGGAGAAGAACAAGCCUCCUGCAAUGAAAUCGAUCUUGGGAGACUAUGCGGAUACCCGUUUCUCGCAGCCUCCAACGAUGAUGCAUGGAAAAGAAGCGACUUCCGUCGCUCCAAAAUCGCACAUUUCCACUGAGGCCGAUGGAGCUCAUCUGAGUGACUGGGGAAACCCACCGGAGCUUCAGCAGGGUGUUAGCCGAUCAAACGUACAACCCAUACCCACCUUGAGCAUCGACGAUGCCACUACUACAGAAUCGGAAACACGAAAACCAAGAAUUGACAAUGAUCCUACAACAUUCGUGAGCGAAAGCAGCACGGAUACAGAUGAUCCGAUCUCCAAAAUCCUAUUCCCGGGGGACAUGGACAGUUUGGACCCAGGGAAAUUACCACCCUUCCGGUCGUUGAAGCUACACGCGAAUACGACUGAUGAGAUCGGGCAUCGAGGACAUGCACAUGAUCCUCUGGAAGACCAUUUGUACCUUCGAAUUGGGCCGUCGACAUUUUCAGGGCUCAGUUCGCAGGCGGACAACGAAGGGAGCUUCAUAGAAGAGCCAGAGGAUGAUGCAUACUUUGUCAGCGAGAGCCCCGGGGCGGCGGACGUUGACAUAUACGAGACCGCAUACCGGGAUGAGAUUGAGCGGAUUAUGGCCAAAGCCAAGGAGCAGAACAAAGAGCCAAAUGUCUACUUGACACGCCGAGUAGACGAGAAACUGAUGGCCAUUAGCGGACUGGCGGGCAAGUGGGCGGCCAUGGGUGAAGAAGCCAAGAACCAUUUCAAAGACUACACGCAGUUUUCCGCGAGGAAAGCACGAGUAACUGAAGUCAGUCGUGCACUUCGGCAAGCGGCACGAGAGGAAUAUGAACGGAGAAAGCAGGAACGGCGGGAACAAAUUGCUGCCGAGAAAGCGAAGCACAUGGCAGAAGGACACGAAGCCUCCAAGCCAGCCGCUGACGACUCAGCUCCUACAGGCCAGGAGGGUGCAGAGCCUCCGGCCGGAAGCCCUCCAUCAGCAAGCAGGCAAUCAUCCCUUUGGAAAGGUAAGGCUGUAGAUAAAGGCCGGCAGGCCAGAACCUCAAUUCUGGGUCUGAUGGACAUGGUUAAGAACAAGAGUCGCGCCAGAACCAAGGAGGAGGAAGGAUGA